CCGCUGUUAUAGAGUAAUCAGGUGGAACCAGAUAACCUUCCACGGCAGGCCUGAUCAUUUCUCACUGCACAUCUAUGUGCCGCUGCACAGUGUUUGAGAAACACUGCUUUAAAACUCGGCUUUCUUGGUUGCGAUGGUGACGUGUUGAACUUUCUGCACAAAAUAUCUGCUGACUCACAGAACAAACGUGGCAAGUUGUGUUCACAAACAUGAGCAAAUAAUUUUAAGUAGUGCAGCUGGCAAGUCCAUGUACAAGGUACAUGUUGUUGACAUUUAGUCUUCUCCACCUUAAUUCUUCAUGCUACAGAUUCAACAAAGUACUGGAAACAUUCCUCAGACUUUGAUAAAUGCUGUCAUAUCAUACACUCAAGGAAGCUGGGAAAGAAAAGCGAAUGGACUUCUUUAUGUUUUUUAAAGACUUAGAUUACCAUGACCUGGGUGACUCUUUACAGACAUGUCAUAUUUACAGUUGUUGCAGAUUUGUCAGUUGUGCUUCACUGACCAUGGAGGCCAUUUGUGUACAGUGAACUCACUGUCAUGUUUAAGAAACCCCUUUGAUGAAUUUCAUGAACAUGGUCAGCAACAGUACUCAGGUAAGCUGCGGUAUUUUAACAAUACACGGGACUAUGGUCCCCAAAGUGUGCCAAGAAAAUAUCCCAGCAGAGGCCUGAUCCACUGAUACAAGGCAGAUUGGAUCCAUGCUUCAAUUUUGUUUAUGUCAAAUUUUGACUAUGCUGCCCAAAUCCUGCAGCAAAAAUUAAGCCUCAGUUUGCUGUCUUAGCUGACAGGAGUGGCACACAUUGUGAUCCUCUACCACUCUAUCCCAUCUGCUUUAAGGUUUGAUGUGUAGUGCAUUCAGAGAUGCUUUUUAGCAUACCUGGGCUGUAAUGAGUGAUUAUUUGAAUUACCGUUGCCUUCACUGGAAAGUUUCUCUUUUUCAGUCCAUUCUCCGUUAAACCUGGAGCUGGUUGGGUGAAAAAAUCCCAGUAGAUCAACAGCUUUUGAAAUACUCAGACCAGCCCGUCUGGCACUGAUAACCUCUAAAUCAACACCAACAAAGUCUUAAUCACCUUUCUUACCAUUCUCAUUCUUGGUUUCAAGUUUAACUGUUUUUUACCAUGUCUACACGUGAUUGGAUGAUUAGAUGUUUGUGUUAACGAGCAGCUAAACAGGUGUACCAAAUGAAAUGGCCAGUGAGUGUAUGUUUUCUUCAACUCAAAUAUUAUCUGACCACCGUGUUAAGAAUAUUUAAAAAGGCUAUGCAAGACUCAAAAAAAAGAUUUGUUGCCAGGUUGCUGAAAGUUCAAGAGUUACGAAUUGGGUAUAAAGAAUUUAGCAUUUGUAGUAUGCAGCACUUAAGUAGGUGUAAUGCCUUAGACAUCUAGCUGAAGAUAGAAGUAGGCUGUGUUGAACAGUCAGUGCCCAUGAAAUGCAAGAUUAAAAAAAUGUAUGUGUAAAAUGUAGUAAUAAUUACAAAAGUAGCUCCAUGUCUUAGUGGUCCUAUCUAAAGAGAUUUUUAACCCAUUUACAAGGCACAAUAAACAAGUUUUCCCCCACAGGAAAUAUAUUAGGCAAAAAGAAAUGGAGGAAUAAGAGAUAAAAAGACAACAAUAAAUAAGCAAAAUACAAGAAUAUCCAGUUAUAAAACGCCUGGGGACUAAACUUACCAAAUUAAGAAACAAAGCAAGGAGAUAAAAUAUAUUGCUUUCAGAUGCAAGUCCAGGGUUUCUGCUGUUUCAGUAGUUCAGCAUUCAGCACAGUGAGGGAGAUUCUGCUAAUGAUAUUGUUAUCCAGGAAUUCAUCCUGUUUGUUCUUCAGUCACUUCAAACUGGAAGUUGUUGAAGGCACAAAAAAAAAAGAAAAAGAAAAAAAGCGUAUUAAUGCAUUUUUAUUUCAUGCGAAGGGUUAAGUAUAAAAGAGGCUGUGUUAUCUCUGCAUUUCAUCUUCAUCAAACUAGGAUCCAGAGCCUAUGAAAUUUGAAGAAUUAAUCUCAUUUGCGGUUUUUCAAAUAUAUUUAUGAGGAAUGGGAAACUGGAGGAUUUCCGUUUUAUUAGAUAAUAUCACAGUUUUGAAAAUAAUUUUUAAAGUUCAGUAACCUUCUGGAUAAGCCAGGGUAAAUUUUCUUUACGAUAUAAUGUCAAACAAAUAAAUCGUUAUAAUUGUUGUGCGCAAAGAAAGAACGACUUAAAAGCAAACCAAAAAAAAAUAAAAAAAAUACACGGAGCCCUGAGAAGUGGCAACUUACGAGGAUCACGUGAAGGCAGCACCGCUCUGAUUCAGCGAAGCACGCGGCCAUUCACAGUUUAAGGUCCCUCCGGUGACUCUGAAUGACUAGCCCGAGCGAGUCUUCCCCCCCCUCGUCAUCCAGACACGUUAAACGCUUUUGGUGGAUUUUUAUUUGUGUUUUUCUUUUUUAAACCAGCGAGUUAAGUCUGGCCUGAGUGUGUGCGUGUGAAACGAUGCUGAUGAAGUUGGAAAGUAAUGAGCGAGGAUGCUGAAGCUGCCGGCAAGCCCGCUUUGUUCGGAGGAGCGCAAGGCUUUUGUGCCGCUGUCAUCCCGCAGCUCGUUCCCUGCUGCUUUGUCUUCACUUGGCCCUCUGAUACCGAGCGUGAGCAGUGUGGUGUGUCAGCGUUGGACUGCAACCACCAGCAGCGGCCGGAGGUCAGGACCAUGAGUCUGUACGGGGGCGGUGCCAGUGGCGGUGCGAGAGAAAGAGGAGGAGGAGCAGAACAUUACCGGGAACAGCAGCGGCGGCGCUCCAGCGAUCGUUCACGCGACUCCUCCCAUGAGCGGGGAGAGAGCCAGUUGACGCCUUGCAUCAGGAAUGUUACCUCUCCCACUCGGCAGCACGACCGUGAACGUGGCGAAGGAGGCUCAUCAUCCAGGUCCUCCAGCCCACGUCCACCCAGGGUUUCUCUUCCCCAUUCCCACGUAGGACACAUACCUCGUUCCCUGGCUUCUCCUGGAGUUGACCACCACUCCAAAACUUUGAGCCAAGGAUCCUCUGAUAUGAUCUACAUCUAUGACCUGAGCAGUAAAGAAGGACAUCGCAGUGGGCUGAGACUGGGAGAAAGAGUAACACUCAUUGUGGACAACACACGAUUUGUGGUGGAUCCUGCUAUUUUCACAGCUCAGCCUAACACCAUGCUGGGCAGGAUGUUCGGUUCUGGGCGGGACAACAAUUUCACUCGGCCCAAUGAAAAAGGAGAGUUUGAGGUGGCAGAUGGUAUCAGCUCCACUGUCUUCAGAGCCAUCCUGGAUUACUACAAGUCGGGGAUAAUCCGCUGCCCUGACGGCGUUUCCAUUCCCGAGCUGAGGGAGGCAUGUGACUACCUCUGUAUCUCCUUCAACUACAGCACCAUCAAGUGCAGAGACCUCAGCGCCCUCAUGCACGAGCUGUCCAACGACGGAGCCCGGCGUCAGUUUGAGUGUUACCUGGAGGAGAUGGUGCUGCCGCUGAUGGUGGCCAGCGCCCAGAGCGGAGAGAGGGAGUGUCACGUGGUGGUGCUGACUGACGACGAUGUGGUGGACUGGGACGAAGAGUACCCACCGCAGAUGGGAGAGGAGUACUCGCAGAUCAUCUACAGCACCAAACUUUACCGCUUCUUCAAGUACAUCGAGAACAGAGACGUGGCCAAGUCGGUGCUGAAGGACAGAGGACUGAAAAAGAUCCGACUGGGAAUUGAAGGAUACCCGACCUACAAAGAGAAGGUGAAGCGACGACCUGGAGGCCGUCCGGAAGUCAUCUACAACUACGUGCAGCGCCCCUUCAUCAGGAUGUCCUGGGAGAAGGAGGAAGGCAAGAGUCGGCAUGUGGACUUUCAGUGCGUCAAGUCCAAGUCAACCACCAACCUGGCAGCGGCGGCCGCAGACAUUCCGCAGGACCAGCUGGUGGUCAUGCACCCUCCCGGGCCGCAGGUGGACGAGCUGGACACUCUCCCCCAGCAGGUGGUGCUGGGGCCGGCGUCUGAGAGCAGUGCAGCCCCCCAGCCAGCACAGGCCUACGAGGGCCUGAACCAGCAGGCUCAGGACGGCUCAGGCCCGGCCGCACACAGCAACCAGCAGCAGCAGCAGCACAGCAGCGGCAGCCAGACUCAGGCCACUUACCGCUACGAGCCGGACCCCGACAUGCCGUCACCCUCUGCAUGAGACGGUUUGCUACACACUCCCCCCCUCCACCUCUGUGUUCACACCUCCAGCAACAAAUGCUUUCACCUUCACCAACAAGGCUUCUUGCAUUCUCAUCACAGCUGCACACAUGUUACCACCUAAUGAAGCACACACACGUGUGAUUGGCCUUUAGCAGCCAGCAAGCGCACAAAGUUGUAGAGUUUAAGCGGCGUGUUGCUUUCAGUGUGAGCACAGACUUUUCCAGUGUUUCCUCCACCACCACCUCUUCCUCCUGAGUGGCAAAACACCAGUUUGCCUUGUGUUGCACCUCUGCUGCAGCUGCUUUCAGUCCACACGACGUCCGAAUGAAUGAGAACUAGAAGCACAUCAGCAAACCUCCCCUCCCAGCUCUGUUUACUCUUUGAUUUGUCAACCAAAGGAGAGUUUAGUGGACCUUUGUGUACACGUGAGGAAAGAUCUGUUUUACAUGUGUGAAUGCUGAGUGCUGUGUGUGUGUUGUAGAAUACUGUACCUCACUGGGAAAGUGGAUUUCAGUGCCUCUGCAUAUUUCUGUGGGGGGGGGGCAAUAAUUUGAUGUGAAGAUGGACUCUUUUUCUUGUGUCACAACGUUUCACACAACAUACAUGUGUUUACUUCAGAGGGGUGCACUACAGAGCGGGUUCAGCAUUGCCAGACUUUGAGUUAGCUGAUUCGACAGUAAUUAAAACCCCCAGUAUCCCAGAGAUGACGGUAAUAAUGGUGGUUAUAAGUUUUCUCUGUCAACACAGAUUUUCUGCACGCUUCCAUAAAACCAGGUGUUUGAUGUGGCUUUUUACUCUUCUUCCUCACAAAUCUGAUCGAGUGCCAUAUAUCUCACUCUGAGAUAUUAUAAAGAGGGGAUAAAUAGUGUGUGUGUAUAAGUAAUAUAAAUAAAACAGCAGAAGGCAACACUGCUGUGGAUUAAUAAAUUAGAACUCAGCAUGCUCGAUGUGCUGCUGUUUAUUUGGACAGCUGGAUAUCAGAGCUAUGAAACUAACUGUGUCAUGCACAGUUUGCAGAGCUGUAGCUUUACGGCGGGACUUGAUGGUAUGCUCUGCAAACAGAAAUGUGCCACUUGCAACAGAUUUUAAACCAAAACUCUGAAUAGAAUUUGCUCCGGAUCAGAUUAUAUGAUCAUCACCUGUUAACUGAAGACUGAUUUUCGUUUUGCAGUACACCCCUCUGAUAAGUUAGGUGUUAGUUUAAGUCUUGUUUAUUUUCUGCUCCACUCCUGAGUCUUGACCGAGGUGCUCUGAAACUCUGCACAGAUCCAUCAUCACUGCUGCGAGCACACAGGAUGUCAGAAAAGAUGCUGAACACGUUUUUUGGUUGUUGUUUUUUUUAAAUAAAUGCUAUUUACAACACCUUCAAGAAUCACAGUCGCUUUCUUAUUUAAGCUGUUUUCUUCAUGU